AUGUGCGGCAGGUUGAUGCCAGUGGCCACCAGAGCGCAGCUAAAGGCAAAGGCAAGUCGGAAGACAGGCCCGGCACGGCUAAGGCGGCAGCGCGGUGGCCCAGGCGACUCAGGUCAACGCCGGGGCAAAGGCAAGGGCGGCCUUGGUGAGGCAGGCGGGCAGGAUGCCGGCGAUGGCUGGAAGGUCGUCCAGCGCAAGGCCCCGGAAGGUGCUUUCACGCUUCGGAAAUCCGACUGGGAUUCUCCGGUUGUCGAGUAUGCUGCUCUUGCUGAGUUCAUUGACCGGGCUGAUGCCAGCAAGGUUCUCGAGGUGGUGGUCUUUGUCUCGGCCGACCAGGUCACGCUUGCUACGAACAUCCUGAGGGGGAGCGGGCGUAGCUUCAAGGCCCUGCUUGUGUUCCUCUCCAAGGAUGCUGAUGCUCAGCGAAUCCCGGGCACCAUCGGGGAUCGCCUGGUCUUCAGGACUGCCCAGGUCCAGAAACUCACGUCUGCAGGUGCCAGUGGCCAUGCUCCGCAACCCUCCGGCCUGAGCCAAACGCCCAUCAAGAUCAAACCCACUGAAAGUGCAGUCGUCUACUUCAAAGUGCCAAAGCAGUUCGCCUCUGCCGACACUUGGAAGGCUUUUGGGGGCAAUGCCUCCAAGGCUGCCGUUGACUGGGUCGCGGCCCAAAGGAUCAAGGUGCUUGAUACUUUUGCCUGGGUCCUCGAAAAGCAGCGCAAUGACACCCAUGAGCAGUACUUCGGCAUUGUCCGCAUUCCGAAGGCAGACGUCGAGGCCAUCCUGGCCCACUCUGGCAAGGACGGUGUCUUUGUGGAUGCCGCUCGCAGCUCGGGGCCCCGGGCGAAGCUUCAAUGGAUCGAUAAGCUUCCGGGUGAGAAGGCGGACGCUUACUUUGAACGUGCCCUGCGCCAGGCUCCCAGUCUGGGCUUGAUCGCCAAUGGGGGGCGGCUGGCGUGGCGUAGCACCAUGUCGGCUGGCGAAGCAACGGUGCGCAUCUGGCACAUUGAUGGCGUGCCCCAUGAGUGGGAUGCGGACGCUGUUGGCCAGCUCUUGGCCACACGCUUCACUGAGUACACCAUCCUGUCGCAUCGGCGCACCCGCCUUGGAUCCUGCUUUCGUUUUCGCGGGCAGCCUGGGACUGCUGACGCGGACUUGGUGCCGUUUGUCGUUGAGCACCAGGCGAAGUCCCUCUCCUUGUGGGCCACGCUGGCACCGUGUCGUCUCUAA